UGCAGCCACUCUGGGGUCCUUGAGACCUGUGGAGCCCACCUCAGGCCCCUCAUCCCAGACUUCAGGCCCCAAAGCAAUCUUUUACCCCAGGUGUACCUAAGGUAGGCAGGACCAGGGGGGCAGGGGCACCCCUGUGUCCACAGGGUAGCCUAGGUUCCAGGGGUCUAUCGGAAGAGGUCCGAGGCCGGGGGCCAGCCCUGGCCCUGCUCACAGGGGCCUCACUGGAGACACCCUGCACCGGCCAUGGGGAGCUAAAAUUGGAAAGUAGCAAGUGGGAGGCAGCUGACAAAGCUAUUUCGCGGGCUCUUCACUCUGCUCCGGUUUCAAGCUCCUGCUCCAAUAACCCGAUCCUCCAGGCCUCCCUACCCCCACCUGGCCGAUGAGGAGCUGCCUCAGCCCUCAGCCCAACAGUGCAGAAGUCAGGCCGGGAAGCCCCCUUGUAUGGGCAGGGGCAGCAAUGCUCUUCUCUUAUCUGAGAUUCCAGACAGCUCACUGAGAACACACAAUCCUGUCCCAGGCUCACUGUGUGACCUUGACAGGUCUCUGUCCCGCUCUGGUCCAUGACCCCUCUAUCUAUGUAGUCGGGAGAACGCCAACUCUGGGGGCCCAGGAGAGCUGGUUGUGGUGCUGGUAAGGAAGAUUUGGGGAGGAUCAAGGGUGGAAGACAGGGUCAUGCCAGCCACCUCUUGGCCCAGCCCAGGCCAAGAAGGUGCCUAUACAUGUUUCUCCCUUUAAUUUGGCCCUGGGUCUGUUAACCAAUGCACCCUUGGGAAGGCCCCAGGCCAGGCUGCAGUCUAGGAGGGGUUAGGAAAGGAUGGCCCCGCAGGACUCCUGAGGAUGAACUAGGCCCUGGAAGGAGGGAGUGGCUAGGCUCACCGUGAGCCCGAUACCAGUCAGCACCUUGGACAGUGGCCAGCACGCUCCCUGGUGCCCGCCUGGCCCUGCCUGGCCCCACACCCACUACCCUGGGGCACCUCUUCAAAUAGCACCGCCUCCAGCCAGUAUCCAGGGCCUGAAUACACAAGUACUGAGAGAGUGGGGCUGGUGUGGCCACGGACACAGGCAGGGACCAGGGAAGUGGCAGACUGGGGCUCAGAGGCUGGUUGGGGCAAUGGGAGUCAGUGAAAGGCUGGAGGCUGAAUGAGAGCACCAUCCAGGCUAUGGGCAUCAAGACAGCGUUGCCCGCGGCGGAGCUGGGCUUGUACUCCCUGGUGCUGAGUGGGGCUCUGGCCUAUGCUGGCCGGGGCCUCCUAGAAGCUUCACAAGAUGGGGCCCACCGGAAGGCCUUCCGGGAGUCUGUGCGACCUGGCUGGGAGUAUAUUGGCCGGAAGAUGGACGUGGCUGACUUCGAGUGGGUGAUGUGGUUCACCUCCUUCCGCAAUGUCAUCAUCUUCGCCCUCUCUGGACAUGUGCUGUUUGCUAAACUCUGCACGAUGGUUGCCCCCCAGCUCCGCUCCUGGAUGUAUGCCGUGUAUGGGGCCCUGGCUGUGCUGGGCACGAUGGGUCCUUGGUACCUGCUGCUGCUACUUGGCCACUGUGUCAGCCUCUAUGUGGCCUCACUCUUGGGCCAGCCCUGGCUCUGUCUCGGCCUUGGCCUGGCCAGCCUUGCCUCCUUCAAGCUUGAUCCUCUAAUCUCCUGGCAGAGCGGGUUUGUAACAGGCACUUUUGAUCUUCAAGAGGUGCUGUUCCACGGGGGCAGCGGUUUCACAGUGCUGCGUUGUACCAGCUUUGCGCUGGAGAGCUGUGCCCACCCCGAUCGCCGCUACUCCCUAGCUGACCUGCUCAAGUACAACUUCUACCUGCCUUUCUUCUUCUUCGGGCCCAUCAUGACCUUUGAUCGCUUCCACACCCAGAUGAGCCAGGUGGAGCCGGUGAGGCGCGAGGGUGAGCUGUGGCGCAUCCGGGCCCAGGCCGGCCUCAGCGUGGUGGCCGUCAUGGCCGUGGACAUCUUCUUCCACUUCUUCUACAUCCUCACCAUCCCCAGCGACCUCAAGUUUGCCAACCGCCUCCCGGACAGCGCCCUCGCUGGCCUAGCCUAUUCAAACCUGGUGUACGACUGGGUGAAGGCGGCCGUGCUCUUCGGCGUGGUCAACACCGUGGCUCGCCUUGACCACUUGGACCCGCCCCAGCCUCCCAAGUGCAUCACCGCACUCUACGUCUUCGCGGAAACGCACUUCGACCGUGGCAUCAACGACUGGCUUUGCAAGUAUGUGUAUGAUCACAUUGGUGGGGAGCACUCCGAGGUGAUCCCGGAGCUGGGGGCCACUGUGGCCACAUUUGCCAUCACCACUCUGUGGCUUGGACCUUGUGAUAUUGUUUACCUGUGGUCAUUCCUUAACUGCUUUGGCCUCAACUUUGAGCUCUGGGUGCAGAAGCUGGCUGAGUUGGGGCCCCUAGCACAAAUUGAGGCCUCUCUGUCGGAGCAGAUGUCUCGCAGGGUCCGGGCCCUCUUUGGGGCCAUGAACUUCUGGGCCAUCAUCAUGUACAACCUUGUAAGCCUGAACAGCCUGGAGUUCACAGAGCUGGUUGCCAGGCGCCUGCUACUCACAGGGUUCCCCCAGACCACUCUGGCCAUCCUGUUUGUCACCUACUGUGGUGUCCAGCUGGUGAAGGAGCGAGAGCGAACCCUAGCACUAGAGGAGGAGCAGAAGCAGGACAAAGAGAAGCCCGAGUAGGUGGGAGGAGGAAGAGGGGAGAGGGAUGGGUUCUGCUCAGCUGUUCCCAGGCCCGGGCCCAGACCAGGCCAGAUGGGGCCUGACCGAUAGAAUAAAAGACUUUUCUACCACA